UUUUAAAUUUCGAAGUGGUUUUGGCUUUAGUAGUUAAAUAAUUUUUUUUUGAAGAUUUUUCUAAAAAUUUUCGAGGUAUUUUUUUUAAUAUCUCUUUUAUAUUUCGGGUGCAAAUAAUUUAAAAAUGAUGAAUGAAAAUGGAAAAAACCUGGCCGAAAAAGCAAUGGACCUGUCUUUAGAUGAGUACAUAAAACAAAGUAACAUUUAUGUUUCACCAAUGUUAAAACAACCAAAAAUUGAAUCUAAUAAUUCUAAUAAAACACAAAAAAAUAAUUUACGAAAUGGUGCAAAUAAAUUUACAGAGAGUGAUGAGAUAGAAGAAAUGGAAGAAGAUUUUCUGUGUAUUCAAGAUGAUGAUAUGUUUUUAGAAAAAAAUAUUGAUUUAAGAGAGAAACUCAAUGGAAAUUCAACAUCAGACAAUAAUCUUCCUAAAGCUAAAUCAGCAAGUUGGCGUUUAAUGCACCCUAAUGUUACAACCGAGAACCGACCGGCAGGGAUGGCACCACUUAUUCCUACUGAAAUUUUAAAUGGAUUGGAAUUGUACAAAUCAAAUCAAAGAAAAAAUAUUGUUCAGGAAAACUUUUACGCAAAGCCUGAAUUUUCUUAUCAAAAUAAUCAUAAAUACUAUAAUCAAAAUGUUUAUAAACGUAUUUAUCAAAAUAGAAGACAAAACCAUUUAAGCUAUAACAAUCAUUAUCGCAAUACUUCACAAAAUUUUAACAAUAUGUAUCAAAAGAAUAAUUCAAUACCUUACAACAACUAUAACAGGCAGCAUCCAAAUAACAAUCAAAACAGGACAUUGAAUGGUUUGUCCUGUAAUUUUCGGAGGAUGAUUGAUGGAAAUUAUGCAAAAGAGAUAAAUGUACAAUCGGAUGUAACGAAAAAUAAUACAUGUUUCAAUGAAAAUUUACAAAAUGUUCAAUCAACGAUGUUAAAACCUCAGCAUCCACCAAUUGUUUACGACCCAUCACCAGCAGAACUGUUUUUAAAAAAUGGUCUUAAUGUUUUAAAUAAUUUGUCUGGCAACAAUGGUAUACCACAAAUAGCAUCAAAGCUUUUAGAAAUAAUUGGUACUUCUUCGAAACCUGAGCCAAAAUAUGAUAUGAAGAUUCAAAAGGAAAUUCAUGCUCUACAAAAUAAGCCUAUGAUAUAUCGGUGUCCUGAUGGAGAAGUUAUUAGUUCAGAUGGUCCUGGAAUUCGUGACGUACCUGUUAAACCAAGCUCUACAGGCAUUACUCUAAAUCAAAGAUUUGCCUAAAUUUACUCACAUAAGUUGUAAUUUUUUUUUUUUUUUUGCUUGAAGCGAAAAAUUGAAUUAUCGAUUUGUAAGGAAAUUUUAUACUUAAAGUUGUCGAAAUUCUAAAUUUAAGUUGUUUUUUAAUUUAAGCGGAUUUUUUUUUUUAUUCUUUUUGACAAUAUUCUGUACAUAGUUUAUUAUAGCGGAAGUCUAAUUUAGUUUUUUCAGUGCUUUUUUUUAAAUUAAAAUUUUAUCAAAUAACUUUAUACCUUAAAAUUUUUAAUGACCAGAUACUUUAUCUAAAUAAAAGUACAUUUUACUGGAAUAAACAAUAAUUGA